CGCUGUCGCACAGUUUCCAUAGCGCUGCACCGUCCUGCUGAGUGAGUUGAUUCUUCUACUUCACGUCCUUCGGCUUUCACAAAUCCAAGGACACCGGAGGACCGGUGUGCCCGUUUUACCCAACAUACGGGAGCUUUAAAGUUAUUUGUCGAUGUUGUCGUGUUUUUAUUUUCAUGUGACUUUUACUCAUAAGAAACACCUGCUUGGCUGACAAAGUUAUGAUGGGACAUUAGGCGGUGAAAAUCGAAUGAACUGAAGAAAAUGUAAUGUUAUGGUCGCUGUCGCAAGUAGAAAGAUGAACUGCUUCAGUCAGAGGUUCAGACAGACAGCUCCCAUGCUUGGCAGCAGCAAAAAUGAACUUGUCCCCUCCAAGCCUCCCAGAAGGAACGGAUGGUCGUGGCCCCCUCAAGCCUUCCAGGUGGUUGGGUGGUUGGUGUACAGCUAUCUCACCAUAGUCAGCUUUGGUAUCUAUAUCCCGCUUCUGCCUCUGCCGUGGAAACAUGUGGCCUAUACUCUGAUGGGCGUAGCGUUUAUUGUGCACUUAUUCGCACACAUCGCAGUUCUCACUGUAGAUCCAGCAGAUGACAGCGUGAGGGCCAAGCAGAGCUAUUCCACGCCGAUGCCUCUCUUUGACCGAACAAAGCAACCGCAUGUUAUCCACGACCUGCACUGUUAUCUUUGUGAUGUGAAUGUUGGCCCCAAAGUAAAACACUGUGGUGUUUGCAACAAGUGUGUGGAAGACUUUGAUCACCAUUGCAAAUGGCUGAACACCUGUGUGGGUGGAAGGAACUACCGGUACUUCUUCUUGGCACUGUGCUCAGCUACAAUAGGCGUCUUUCUGCUUAUUGUGGUUGUGUUGUUCGUAUUUAUUCAGCAUUAUCUCAAUCCGUACAGCUUACGGACUGCACCGCAGUUUGCCGAUGUGUCGGGGAAUAGUACCUGGCUGAUGUUUUUGCCGUUAGCUCCCAUAAAGACGAGUUCAGCUGGUCUCCUAAUACUAUCCUUCGUAACAGUCAUGCUGAGCACCACCUGCUUACUGCUGCUAAGCCAUCUGCUGGGCUUUCACCUUUACCUCUAUCAUAAAGCCAUAAGCACGUAUGAUUAUGUUAAGCUGCAGCGGCAAAAAGAAGCAAAGAAACGAGACGUCGAAGCAGGAAAUGGUACUCGUAAUGCAAAAACUCAUAAGGCUCCACAGAACCAAGAGGCCUCAGUUGACUGUGAGCCAUCAUUGUCACAACGUUCAAGUUCUUGCAAAUUUCAUGAUAAAAAUCCGUUCACCAGCCGGCUUUCGGAGUCCAUAUGCACAGAGCUGGAAAACUUUAAGAAAUCAGAGAACAAAUUCCGUUAUGGUACAGAAAAUCCCAGUGAAAAUAUAGCAAGGGGAAUAGCUUUGAGGGACAUCAAAAACUGGAAGCCUGACAAUGAUGAAGAGUCUCAGAGUGCCACUGUGAAGUCUGUUUGCAGUGUUCCUGGAGUGCAGGACCCUCUAGGCAGCUCAAUCAUGACUCCCGAUGAUAUUUAAACAAACAGAUGUCUGCGUGGUGGUGGAUCAGAAGAUGCUGCUCUCAGAAAAUAUUUAUUUUGACAUUAUCAAAACAGAACAGAAAGGUUGGCUAUUUACAAGAACAGAGUACUGUGUGGACCUUUGCACUUUUAUAUGACUGUUUUUGUUUUUUUUGUUUUUUUGUAUACCAACUGCAUAACCUGACCUGUCAUUGGGUUUCAUUCAUUUUUUUAAUAAUUUUGUUUGUUUGUUUUUUAAUGACAACAGUUGAAUUAUUUAAAGCAAUGUUUUAUCUCACUGACUUAGUUAGCGAGGCAGGUCAGUCUCUGUUCCAUUUCAGUUAGACAGAUGUAUUUUUGCAUCUUUUUGAAAACUAAAUAUAUCACGGUGUAGUUUCCUGUUCAUUUCACUGAUGGUAACAUUUGAGAAUCUUUCCGUUUUUAUCUGAUCACCAAAGAGAGAACCUUAUAUGGGAAAAAUGUUUUGUCUAACUGUGAAGAGUGGAGCAGAUAGUGGCCUGAAAUAACACUUCAGCUCUCUGUUCCCUUUCUAUGAACAACCGAUUUUAAAGUUGACGAUGUUAAGCACACCCUUUUUUGCUAAAUAUGACAGUAAAGAAUAUAAAAACCAUGUUUGCUCUGUUAUUUUAUUUCUUAACUUCCAGUGUCUACAUCAUUUU